AUGCAAUCAUCUGUCAAUCACAAUCUUUCGCAUCUUCAUCAUCUGGUGGCAGCCAUCUUCAGACGGCCUCCAUCAUCUUAUAGCCAUCCCCUUCAGACAGCCAUCCUUUUCUAUCAGUCAUUUUCUUCUAUCAUCCACCGUCUUCUGCCAACCACCGUGUUCUGCCAGCCACCAUCUACUAUCAGCCACUAUCUUCUGCCAGCCACCAUCUACUAUCAGCCACUAUCUUCUGCCAGCCACCAUCUACUAUCAGCCACUAUCUUCUGCCAGCCACCAUCUUCUGCCUGCCACCAUCUUCUGCCAGCCACCAUCUACUAUCAGCCACCAUCUACUAUCAGCCACCAUAUACUAUCAGCCAACAUCUACUAUCAGUCAACAUCUACUAUCAGUCACCAUCUUCUGCCAGCCACCAUCUACUAUCAGCCACAUCUUCUGCCAGCCACCAUCUUCUGCCAGCCACCAUCUACUAUCAGCCACUAUCUUCUGCCAGCCACCAUCUACUAUCAGCCACCAUAUACUAUCAGCCACCAUAUACUAUCAGCCAACAUCUACUAUCAGCCAACAUCUACUAUCAGCCACCAUCGUCUUCCAGUCACCAUCUACUAUCAGCCACCAUUGUCUGCCAGCCACCAUCUACUAUCAGCCACCAUCGACUGUCAGCCACCAUCUACUAUCAGCCACCAUCUGCUAUCAGCCACCAUCUACUAUCAGCCACCAUCUACUAUCAGCCACCAUCGACUGUCAGCCACCAUCUACUAUCAGCCACCAUCUGCUAUCAGCCACCAUCUGCUAUCAGCCACCAUCUACUAUCAGCCACCAUCUACUAUCAGCCACCAUCGACUGUCAGCCACCAUCUACUAUCAGCCACCAUCUACUAUCAGCCACCAUUGUCUGCCAGCCACCAUCUACUAUCAGCCACCAUCUACUAUCAGCCACCAUCUACUAUCAGCCACCAUCUACUAUCAGCCACCAUCUACUAUCAGCCACCAUCGUCUUCCAGUCACCAUCUACUAUCAGCCACCAUUGUCUGCCAGCCACCAUCUACUAUCAGCCACCAUCGACUGUCAGCCACCAUCUACUAUCAGCCACCAUCUACUAUCAGCCACCAUCUACUAUCAGCCACCAUCGACUGUCAGUCAUCUUCUGAUAAUGUUGCGUCAAGUAUAA